AUGUCUUUAGAUAAAUUGCUAGAAUCCAUUGAGGAGUCGAUAAAGUCGACGUCCACGUCGCUAGACACUGUUGCGUCGGCGUUAGAAGACUCGAACAAUGUGCCGGAACUGGUGAAAAGUCUGAUGACCGGGUCAGAAGACCUCGAGGGAGUGUCUCUUUUGUCGUUGAAAAAUUCAGCCAUGCUCUCAUACAUCAAUAAUCUGAUUGUCAUCCUUGGAUCUCGUCUUGAUCUCGUCAAAUCGGGCAACAAAGAGGCAUUUGAUAAAGCUGUGAAGGGAAGCAUUGUCCAAAGAGUCGCUCUGGACAGAGGUGUCAAGCCUUUGGAGAAGAAACUGAACUACCAGCUCGAUAAACUCAUCACCAGCUACCAAAGACGUGAAAAAGAACAGACACAAGCAGAAGAAAAGGUCCAGGAUUUGGUGAAUAGUGACAGUGACGAAGAUGAGGACUCGGAAGAGGACGAGGGACUCAACUACAGACCAGAUGCCUCUGCUUUCUUGAAGAAACAACAGUCGUCGUCCGAAUCGAACCAGGACACCGCAGAAACUCAAGAAAAGUACCGUCCUCCCAAGAUCGCCGCUGCUCUACCUCCGCAAGCAUUCACAGAAUCCGACCCUUCGCAAAAACGCCGCAGAAACCUGCAAUCCAUGGACGAAUAUCUGGAAGAACUCAGCGAGGCUCCGGCAGUGGAAACCUCUAUUGGUUCUACUAUUGUCAACAAGGGAAGAGAUGUGAAGUCCCAGCGACAACUGGAGAAAGAGGCCGAGAUCCAGCGUUACGAAGAAGAGAAUUUCACCCGUCUUCCUGCCUCUCAACUAAAGAUGAGCACCAAGGACAAGCGCAGAAAGCAACAGAACGAGUUUUUCGGAGAAGACUGGAGCAUGUUCGACAACUCCAGAGACGUGGCCACCAAGAAACGGAAGAGAUUGAGCGCAUGGGAAAGAGCAAAAAGAAGAAAAGAUUAG